AUGGCGACCAACGGUUUUGCCAACACUCCGGCGAUAGUCACGAACUUUGACACUAUAGAUUUAAAAAGUGAAGAAGCUGACAAUAGUGCCAACGUAACAGAGUUAAAUGGUAACUAUGAAGGAGGUUUGUGUGUCCCUAGGACGGGGCAUAGACUCUCUAUCAUGGAGGUCGAAUGUGCAAAGGAGAGGACGAGAUUGGCUCUCCUAAAGCAGUGUUCUGCUAUCUUCAAGCAAGGAGACGGGAGGUAUACGAAAGAGACAUUACACCGAACUUUUCAGGAUCAGGUAAGUUCUUAUUAUCUUCUUUCUUACAUUCUAAUGCUGUGCUAA